CCGGUCCCAAACACCCGACGCCCGCAAAAUGCAGGAAAACAGGAAGGAGCCAUUGCGAGUCUGGUUCAAUGGUAAGCAAUACACGAGAAGUUGAUGUACGUUAGUGUAUAGAUGUGAAAAGAGAAUGCGCGCUGAUCGGAACCGGACAGCAGCGAGGUCACAGACGUACACGUUAUAUCUUCCAGCUGUUCGCAGCACGUUGUGAAGGUCUAUAAUGUUGAGUGGUGUGAUGAUUUUGCUGUUGGGGAUGGCAUUGUCUUCACCUGUUGACCAUAUAAAAGAUAAUGGCACCGUUGGGGAUGUGGAAUGUGUAUGUGACGGGGUCUCAUGUGGUGAUGUGCAGCGCUGUUUUGGCCAGCAGUGUUUCUCUUCAUUUUCUGUCCGAAACGGAACGGCCUUUCAGGAGAAAGGGUGCAUUGUGGGUAGUGAGGAACGGACGAUACGCUGUGGAAGCUCCCUCUCUUCGCUUUCUGUGGACACGGUGCAGUGUUGCCAGGGAACAUUGUGUAAUAAGAAUGUUUCCAUGGAGAUGCCAAGCACAGAGGUGGCUGUAUUCUCCCUUCCAUCUGUGCACCAGUGUGUGUGUGAGGGGUGUGUAAGUGGGACGUGUUGGGGUGAACAGUGCUACGCCUCUCUAAGGAUGAGAGAGAGCGCACUGCACUCUCAAAAGGGCUGUUUUAAUAAGACCACCUGCGACGCACCUGCAGACAGCGUCAUCAGCUGCUGUACUGGACACCUGUGUAAUGCCAACAUCACUGUAGAGGCCCUUGCUAAAGACGAGAAGUUGAAGAUGGUGCCAACAGAGUAUGAGUGCAUGUGUGAGGGCCGCUCAUGUGUCACAGGGGAUCGCUGUAUGGGACAGCAAUGUUUUUCCUCUCUGACUCUAAGUGAUGGGACACCCGUGUCUCAAAAGGGCUGUUUCAAGAAGUAUGAGCAGGGUAGGAUGACUUGCAAAACUCCACCAUCACCUGACCAGAUCGUGGAGUGCUGUCAGGCUCAUCUGUGCAACAUGAACCUUACUGUGGCACUUCCUGUACGAGUGUUGGAGGGCCCUAAGUACAGUAUGACAACUUUGGUGACUGUGGUUGUGGCUCCAGUUAUUGUUUUAAUAUUCCUGUCUGCUGUGGCCAUCCUGAUCUUCCGUCAUAUCCACCAUCACCAGAUGGAGCGUCUGACAGCGCAUGAUGCAGAAUAUGGCACCAUCGAUGGUCUCAUUGCGUCUAAUGUGGGAGACAGCACACUUGCGGAUCUGUUGGACCAUUCAUGUACAUCCGGAAGUGGCUCCGGACUGCCGUUUCUGGUGCAGAGGACAGUAGCUAGACAGAUUACCCUAAACGAGUGUGUGGGUAAGGGACGGUACGGAGAGGUAUGGAGGGGUCAGUGGCAGGGGGAGAGCGUGGCUGUGAAAAUCUUCUCAUCGAGAGAUGAGAAAUCCUGGUUUAGAGAGACAGAAAUCUACAACACCGUGCUGCUGCGACAUGAGAACAUUCUUGGCUUCAUUGCGUCGGAUAUGACGUCACGUAAUUCCAGCACACAGUUAUGGCUGAUCACACACUAUCAUGAGAUGGGCUCGCUCUAUGAUUACCUGCAAAUCAGCAUGCUUGAUGCUCCUGCUUGCCUGCGGAUGGCACUGUCCAUUGCCAGUGGCCUUUCCCAUCUGCAUGUGGAGAUCUUUGGCACUCAGGGAAAACCAGCUAUUGCCCACAGAGACCUGAAAAGCAAGAACAUCUUGGUAUACAAGAACGGGCAGUGUUGUAUUGCUGACCUCGGUCUGGCUGUGAUGCAUUUUCAAGACACAAAUGAGCUGGACGUGGGCAACAACCCUAAAGUUGGGACCAAGCGCUACAUGGCUCCUGAGGUUCUAGACGACUCCAUUCAGAUGGAUUGCUUCGAGUCUUACAAACGAGUUGAUAUCUGGGCCUUUGGCCUUGUGCUGUGGGAGAUUGCUAGAAGAACAGUUAGCAACGGUAUUGUAGAAGAAUAUAAGCCACCAUUCCAUGAUGUAGUGCCAAGCGACCCCAGCUUUGAGGAUAUGAAAAAGGUGAUAUGCACAGACCAACAGAGACCCAACAUCCCAAACAGAUGGUUCUCAGAUCCUACCCUCACAUCAAUUUCUAAACUUAUGAAGGAAUGUUGGUAUCAGAGCCCAUCAGCAAGACUCACAGCAUUACGCAUCAAAAAGACUCUGUCAAAAAUGGAUAACUCUCUGGACAAAAUAAAAGCGGACAUUUGAACUGCUUCCACAGGGAAGACCCUUUAGGCCUUUACCCCGCUCAGCUGACGUUGUCUUUGGAAGAACGGCUGGAACAAAGGACCCUCUAAGCUUUGUGCUCUUAUAGAGGCACAGUGUAUUUAUUUUGAUAUUGCAGUGGAGCAUAUUUUGGCAUCCAAAGAUGUUAUAGUGGGCAUUUAAAAGACUUUCUUCUUUGAUAUGGGAGUUCUCUCUUGUAAGACAUAGGAUCUUUCAUCUAUCAUAAGACAACUAAUGUGCAUUUGAAUAAGAUGCUUUAGUGUUACAGUUGACUUUUAAAACUGCUUCAGUGUUUUAGAGAUAUCAGUUUAUAAGCAAUAUGCAAUUUUUGUGCAUUCUGUACUUGCAUUCUUACAGAUGACAUUCACUGAAAAAAUGACCAAAUAAGCAAAUCUAGUUUAUAACAUGUCUAUACCAUAUCUGAACUCAGAGACCGAACGGAUUUGCAAUGACUCUUUCAUUCACAGUUACAGUAAACCACAACUAUAAUGUAGACUAUAAAGUAAAGUAUGUGAAUGGUCCCUCAUGAUGUCUUAUGUAUUCAGUCUCACAGAUUUUGUAUAUUAUAGAGCAUUUAGCAUUAUGUAUUAUGUGUUUGUUUUUUGUUUCUUUUAUAUACUUAGCUGAAUACAUACACUAAAAGAGUAUAGACAACUUAAAUAAACAUCUUAAAGAUUCUGAAAUAAACAUUCUUAUGUGCUGUGA